AUGGAGAAUCUUCAUAUGUCGUUAUUCACUGGCUAUAACAAAAAUGUGCGUCCAAUAACGGAUCAAAGCUUGACCAUUGACGUAAAAGUAUUUAUGUUUAUAAAGUCAAUAAAAGAAUUCGACGAAGUGGAUGAAAAAUUUGCUUUUGUUGCAGCCUUGCAACUUCACUGGAUGGAUGAAAAGUUACGUUGGGACAAAAAGCUAAAUGGUGGAAUCGAGCAAAUAACAGUAUCUUACGAUGACGUAUGGGUACCAGAACUGACUUUGUCAAGUCCUUCUUCAAAAGGAACAACAAUAGGUAAAUCUUCAGACAGAAUCCGUGUUAAUGAUUGGGGUGAAACUGAGUGGAUGCCAGCGGGGCUCAUUGAAAGCACGUGCAACGUUAACGCUAAUAAAUUUCCCUUUGAUACUCAGAGUUGCGAUAUCAAAUUUAUGUCCCUAGGGUACAAGAGCAAUGAAGUGAAUCUUGUAGCUGGAGUUCAAUACAUUGUAUAUUCUCCUCAUGCAUUAUGGGAUGUCACUGGAUCAGCAGUAAAAACGACGCUUUUAGGAUCUGAUCAUGAGGUUGAAAUAACGUUCACUAUAUAG